AUGCCACGCCUUUCCUUUAUAACUGGCGGAAAAAAGCCAAAACAGAUAUUACGUACAGGGACGUUUAAAAAGCCUCGGAGGCUUCAAAGUCAGGACUACCAGAUUUUAUUGGAGAGGUGUUUAAAAACGAACAAGCUUUUUGUAGAUGACGCCUUUCCAGCUGAACUGAGCUCCAUUGGCACCGGAAAUCUUCUCCAGAAACUCCCGUCAGGUGUAGAAUGGAAACGACCACAGGAACUGGUAAAGAACCCUGAGUUUUUUACAGAAAAUGCCAGCCGGGUUGAUUUGCACCAAGGGCUUACAGAAAAUUGUUGGUUUCUUGCUGCACUUGCAUCAUUGACCUUCCACCAGGAUAUUCUGGCCAAUGUUGUACCGAAAAACCAGAGCUUUGAGAAGAAUUACGCUGGAAUCUUUCACUUUCGUUUCUGGCGUUUUGGGGAGUGGGUCGAUGUUGUGGUAGAUGAUCGUCUGCCUGUGAAUGCCGAGGGGAAACUCCUUUUUGUGUCAUCCAUAAGGAAGAAUUCCUUUUGGGGAGCCCUUCUUGAGAAAGCAUAUGCCAAGCUCUGCGGCUCAUAUGAAGAUAUGCAGAUUGGCCAAGUGGCUGAAGCUCUGGUAGAUUUCACCGGCGGUGUAAACAUGACCAUCAAGCUAGCAGAAGCGCCACCAGACCUGUGGCAAAUCAUGAUACGAGCAGCGUACAGUGGGUCAUUGAUGGGAUGUCAGACACGAUCAGGACCUGAACGGGUAUUGGAUAAUGGACUUGUGGCAGGACAUGCAUACACUGUGACUGGGAUCAGGAGGGUAACCUGCAAAUCUGGAACAGAGAACUUAAUUAGACUGAGGAAUCCCUGGGGGAAGAUUGAAUGGAAAGGAAACUGGAGUGACAGCUCCUCAAAGUGGGAUCAACUCAACUUCAAAGAGAGACUUUUGAUACGAAAAACUAGAGAAGAUGGUGAAUUUUGGAUGUCCAUUGAAGACUUCGAAGCGCACUUUGUUGAGUUGGUGAUUUGCAAGUUGACGCCAGAUCUGAUGAGUCAUGAAAACGGCAAACAGUGGAUGCUGUCAAUGCAAAGCGGCAAGUGGACUUCAGGAGGCACCGCAGGCGGGAGAAUGACAUAUACGGAUACGUACUGGAAAAAUCCCCAGUAUCGUCUGAAGAUUUUAAAAGGAGAUGAUAUGGAAAAGUGCACAAAUACAUGCAAUGUGCUGGUGUCACUUCUUCAGAAACAAAACCACCGGCACAGAAAUCAGUCGCCUCCUCUGUACAUCGGUCUCUCCAUUUUUAUGGUGCCAUUUGAGUACCAAAGUGUAAGAAGACAGUUACCACAGUCGUUCUUCAUGAACAACCGCCCUGUCAACAACAAAUGCGUCUUUAUCAACGAGCGAGAGGUGACUCAGGAUUUCCACCUGUUGCCUGGGUCUUAUGUUAUUGUUCCAUCUACUGCCGAGCCUGACCAAGAAUGCGAGUUCAUUCUCAGAGUGUUUUCCAGAAAGCAUUUACUAGAGGAGCAGAAAGAGGGUCCCAACAUUGUCAUCUGCUGUAAGAAAAUUUCUGAAAAACAGGAUGACAAAAUCUGGGAUAAUAUCAUCAUCAGAUACUUUGAAAAACAUCCAGUAGUCAAUGUUUCUCAGUUACAGAUGCUUUUGAAUAAAGUGAAUUGGACAAGUGCAAAGCAAGCUCCAGGAAAAUUCAGUCUGGAUGCGUGUAAAGUUAUUAUGGCGCAGUUAGAUGUGAAUACUUCUGGAACAUUAAGUAUACAAGAGUUUAGAGGUCUGUGGACGCGACUUAUUUCUUAUCAGGAGAUUUUCCAACGGAGAGACAUUGAUAGAUCAGGGUACAUGAAAUUAACUGACCUACAAACUGCUGUACAAGAAAAAGGGAUUACAUUAAAUCAUCAAUUCUACAACCUAAUGGCUAUGAGAUAUGGCAACUCAGACCUGAAAAUCAAUUUCGCGAAUUUUGUCUGCCUCAUGCUGAGAAUGGAAAUCAAUGGAGAGGUGUUCCGCAACCUAAGUCAAGAUGGAAAAGGAAUUUAUCUUCAAGAGGCCGAGUGGAUGUUGCUGACUCUAUACUCAUGA